GAUGAUGGAGGGCAUUCAUAUGUAUCCAAUUUGUAACUAUUUUUAUAAGGGUUCAUACUGAAAACAUUCUAUAACUUUGAGGGUUUAUUUUCAAAAUAUUUCCCAAAAUUGCAAUAUCUGCUUUGUUGGAACAGAACUGUUGAGAGAUCUAAAGAAGCACGAUUUGAUCCCCCGACAAAUCGUAGUAAUGGCGAUUACAGCGACUAGAUUGGUCUCUCUGACACUCUUGUGGAUAGUUGUCCUCUUUGUCACACUUGCUCUCAUCCAGAUUAAAUUGACUGAUGUUGCUGAUCCUAUGGUCAAUGAGAAGGUUCCUGAUCAGGUAGGAGAGGAGUUAGAAGGAGUUACCCACAAAGUUUUCUUUGAUAUUCAGAUCAAUGGCUCUCCUGCAGGAAGGAUUCUCAUUGGGCUUUUUGGGAAGAUAGUUCCUAAAACUGCAGAGAACUUUCGAGCGCUUUGCACGGGAGAGAAAGGUGUUGGGAACAUGGGGAAGCCUCUGUACUUCAAAGGAAGCAGCUUCCAUAGGAUCAUUCCUAGCUUCAUGAUUCAAGGUGGAGAUUUCACACGAGGUGAUGGGAGAGGUGGAGAGUCUAUCUAUGGUGAUAAAUUUGCUGAUGAGAACUUCAAACUCAAACACACUGGGCCAGGAGUAUUAUCAAUGGCGAACUCGGGACCAGACUCCAACGGUUCACAGUUCUUCAUCACAACAGUUACCACGAGUUGGUUGGACGGACAUCACGUUGUGUUUGGGAAGGUAUUGUCAGGGAUGGAUGUAGUGCGCAAGAUCGAAGCACAAGGACAAAGCAGUGGAGAGCCCAAAAGAAAAGUUGUCAUUUUGGACAGUGGAGAAGUUUCUUUGUAAAAUGUUGUUCUUCCAGGUUUAGAAACUUCAUGAUCGAAACCAUAUAUGUAUGUUUUUCAUCGUUGUGAAUACACAGGUCAAGUGUAACACUCUAUCAUCCCAUGUUUUUAAAAGUUUAACUGAACAGGAAAAGUGUUAGGUUAUGAGUCAAUAUGGUUUGAU